CUGCAACACAACACGCCACGCACCUGAUACCCCCCUCUCCCGGCGAUGCCAUCCGUGCCGCGGCGCCACUCAUGCGCCGCGGCCUCGGCGCACCGCCGCACAUCGAGUGCCGCCCUCGCCCGAGAACUGUCAACGACUUAUUCGCGGCCACGGUCCUCGGACCCGUGGCUGCGGUCGGGCUGUGGAGCCCUGAUCUUGGCCGCGCAGCAUCUGGGGAGAGCCCCGGCGGGGCGGCCGGCACGCCACUACACUUCCGCGCGCCGCGAGCGUGGGCGCGGCUUCAACGGUCCUCGGCGUCCGGAGCGACUCACCCUUCCAACGUCGCUCUCCCCUCACGAGCCGCUGCUGCCGGUCGGAGGCGCGGCGCCCCCGCCCGGAGUGCGGGCCUUUGAGGCGCGAGACUCGCUGUCGCAGCCGCCCGCCGCCGCCGCCGCCGCGGGCUGCUGCUGCUGCCUGCUCUCGGCGGCCGGCGUGCUCUGCCUCGCGGGCAGCGGCAUGACGUCGCACUUUGCGCGCGCUUUUGCAGUCUCGCUCGGCGCCGGCAUGUCCACCGGGAUCGGCGCCUGCCUCGUCUGCCUCACCCCCUCGCUCAACCGCUCGCUGCUGGCCUGCACGCUCUCCUUCUCCGCCGGGGUGAUGAUCUACGUCUCCCUCGUCGAGGUGAUUGCCGUCUCGAGCGAGUACUUUGCCAAAUCGCGCUCCGAGGCCUCCGCCGCCGCCCUCGCCACCCUCUCCUUCUUCGCGGGCGCCGCGCUGAUGGCACUCAUCGACAACUGCGUCCACCGCGCCCUCGGCGCCGCCGCCGCCGCCGGAGACGGGCUCGGAGACAACGGGGAGCACGGCGACGAGGAGUUGGUGGGGGGCCGGCUCCGCCCGCUCCACCCGCCGGACGACCACGACGAGGAGGCGGCGGCCAUCGAGGCGGUCGGCCGACGGCUCGCCGGGGAUGCGUCGCGCGCCGAGCGGAAGCGGCUGCUCGCGAUGGCGGUGGUCAUCUCCGCCGCCAUCGCGCUGCACAACAUCCCGGAGGGCAUGGCAACCCUCUCGCACGCCCCUCCUCCCACCAUCGCAGCCCCCGACGCCGCCCCCACGCCCUCACCCCCGCCCUUAAGACCCGCCCUCACCCCCGCCCUCGCCGCCUCCACCGCCGCAGCCGCCCUCCCCACCGCGCACCCCCGCCCCUUGUGUGCGCAGGCAACCUACGUCGCCUCCUUCCACUCCGUCUCCUCGGGGUUGCCCCUCGCCGCCGCCAUCGCCGUGCACAACAUCCCGGAGGGGCUCGCCGUCGCGAUGCCCGUCUACCACGCGACCGGCUCCCGCGCCCGCGCCGUCGCGCUCGGCAGCUUGUCCGGCAUGUCGGAGCCAUUCGGCGCGCUGCUCGCCUCGCUGGUCGCAAACGAGCACUCGUCCACCGGCGCCUUUGGCGGCAUGUUCGGCCUGACGGCAGGCAUGAUGACCUACGUCUGCCUGUCGGAGCUCCUCCCCUCCGCGUACGCGGAGCGAGGCGUGCCGCGCAGCCGCGUCGUGGCCGCCUUCUUCGCCGGGGCCGCCGUCAUGGCGAGCAGCCUCAUCAUCGAGAAGUUCGCCACGGCGGCCUUCUCCGGCCCCUCCGGCCCCGGCGGCGAGGCGGCCACAUGAGGUUUUCGUUGACGUUGCUGUACCCGGACGCCGGAGCCUGCACUUCUUCACGAUCUGAAGCUAUGGUAUCUUGAUCCUGUCUCGCAGUGC